AUGCUGCCGCGAUACGCCUACGCGACACUCUUGACCGAUAACUCCUUCUACUACGGUGUCGAGGCGCUUUUGAAGUCUCUUGAGGCAACAAAGUCGCAGUAUCCCCUGCUUCUUCUGUACACAGCAAGUGUUUCCAAGAGCACCAUCAAAUCUUUGAUUCACAAGCGCCAAGCAGUCUAUAACGGGGAACAGGCGCCAGGUAAACUGGCGCCGCAAGACGAAAAAGAGUAUGACUCGUGUCCCGCUGUGACAGGUUCAGAGGAUAUUUCCUGCGACGUGCGUGCGUCUGAGCCGGAAUCGAAAGAAGGGCAUCAGGGCGCGUUAGGGAAAGGAGAUACGCCCUUUGACCGUGACUCGAAGCCGAAGGGCAAUUUAGAUGAACAUCUUUCGGAAAAUGAGGCAUCGGAAAGCGUUCUGAGCAAAGAUGGCAAGAUCUGUGUUAUUCCUCGUCUCGUUGACCCCAUUCCCUAUCCUGAUAACAAAAAAAGCAAAUGUCAUGUGCCCGGCUGGGAGACUUGUUUCACAAAGUUGCGCCUCUGGGAACAGAGCGAUUUCGAUGUAGUCGUCUACGUCGAUGCGGACUGCAUCGUGCUAGACUGUAUAGACGACCUUUUUUUUCGGCAGCCUCUGCCUGCUUUUGCUCCAGAUAUUUUCCCGCCAGAUAAAUUCAACGCGGGUGUCGUUGUUUUGAAGCCGGAUGCUGGUGAGUUUGAGAAAAUGGUUUCCGCUCUAGCGCACUUACCAUCCCAUGAUGGCAGCGAUACCGGAUUUUUAAACGCGUAUUUCGCAUCGUGGUAUACCAGUCCUGCCGGCGCCCGAUUGCCGUUCCGGUACAAUGCCCAACGGACACUGUAUCACAUGACUUACGCCAGUCAGAGAGGAUACUGGGACGCUGUCAGACCGAUCAAGAUCUUGCAUUUCUGCUCUUCUCCGAAGCCAUGGGAACCGGCGGGUAAACAGACCGAACUCGAGAAAUUGUGGUGGCAUGUCUUCCUCACUGGCACCAUUCCGGUUGAGUCCGACAUUGUGUAA